AUGAACACACAUGAAGGCGCUGAUAUCUUGUCGAAGCUUGGAAGUAUGUUAAUAUAGGUUUUUGAAGGGAUUUUUGAGGGUUAAAGUUUGUUUUCGAUGUAGAAAGAAGUUGAGGUAGAUGUAAAAGAAUGUUAAAAUGCUUUUUGAUUAUUUUAGGUAAAUAUUAGGGAUGUAAUUAACGUUUCCGUUUUUAUUUGAUAUGUUUUAGCUGAUAUUACUUUUGUUUUUGAUUAGACUUUUACGUUUGACCUUUGAAAUGCCUAAAACAUUCUUUUUCAGUUCUGAACUCGAACGAAGAAAGCCCAAACAAAAUGAAGACGACGAGAUUGGAUGGCAGACGUUCCAGAUCGUCCCAGCGACGACAACGUGCUUCAUCGUUGAGCGAUGAUUCAGAAGACGAGAUUGUUUUUGACAGAGUAAGAAUUUUGUUAUUUUGUUUGAAAUUUAGGUUUAUUGCUAUGUUCUACUGCAUAAGGAAGCAUAGGAACUUUUUAUUAGGCCUUCAAAACAUAAAUUAGGCUUACAAAAUGAAGACGGGUUUAUUAUGGACGUUUUAACGAUAUUAUCAUAGACAUUGAAGCUUUUUUAGCCUUUUAAUGUUGUCAUUCUUGCAGAACGCUCUUUUAAACGCACGGAAACGACGUAGGCGAAGACGAUCGUCUUCUCGUUCAACCAGCGAUUUGAAUUCGAUUCCAGAAUCUAAACGAUGCAAAAUUACUUGUUUGUUUCUUACUUUUUUACUUAUGGUAAGUUCUUUUUAAAAUAAAGCUCAAACGGUGAAUUUUUUGUUGUUUUAGCUAAAGAACAAGAUAGUUUAUAUUAACUGAUAGUGUUGUAUUAAUAUCUCAAAGAGUUACAGAGUUACGUUAAUUAAAAGUGGCAAUGAUCAGAAGCCUUUAAUUCUGUUUUUACAAUUUUUAAAGCCUUUAUAGUAUAUAAUACAUGUAUUUUUUAGGGUAUGUCUACAGCGUAUCUCGCAUUCAAAAGGCCAAAGGUUGUAUAUGAAACCGCUUCUGAACAGUUAAGCGACUAUUCAUCAAUAUUAACUUAUGGAGGUCUUGGUUACCUGAUCGGAACCUAUUUACGUAUGUUUCUGUAUUUUUCUUAAGUUUUUAGGUAACAAAGUUGAUUUUUUGUUUACUGGAAAUAUUAUCAGGGAUUUGUUUAAACGUUUUUUGUUAUUUUAUAUAGAAUGUUAAAUUAAGUUGUUUAUGUGAAGAUAAAACUUCAAAACUUGUUAUAAAUUCCGUUCUUUUAGUGUCUUUAAUAUUCACACGUCUCAACGCGUUCAUAGCCUUGUUUCUACUGGUAGUAGCAUUAAUUUGCUUGACGGGCUUCUUAGUUUAUUCCACAUCAGUAUCAACAAUCAUAUUAUUGUUCACGUUACAACAAAUGGUGUACGGCGCGAUGGAGAAGGGUGGUUUUCUGAUGGUACACGGUAUCUUCAAAGGAAACACCAAGUUGUUUUUCAUGCUAAUUGCUGCCUACUCACUUGGUGCUGGAAUUGGGGGUACCGUGGCACAGGAUAGAGUGUUCUGGGCGAGUGCUAAGAAUGAUCAGAGUUUGAGAGUGAAAAGGGAGUUGAUGCCAGUUUUCAAUUUUGAGAAUAGUACUCUGCCGUUCUUGGAGGUGGCUACAAGGUAAGGAAAAGGCUUUUUUUAGACUGGGGAGAGGGGUGUUUUUUGGGUUAAACUUGGCUUUUUGAGCUUUAAAGGGUAUUUUAGUGGUUUAAAACGUGGUCUUUUAGUUAUGAAUAAUUUUUCUUUCAGGCCCCACUCAGCUGUAGGUAUAGAAACAGACGAGAACCCAAAAACCCAAGAGAAUCAAGAACGGCGAAAGGAUAUUGAGGACAAGAAGAACAAAGAAAUAGCAACGAAGCUACUAGAAGAUAAGGAAAAGCUGAAAAACAAUCUACCUUUAACAAAAGCUGCUGAAAACACGAUUAAAAAUCGCACAGAAAGCUCCGAUGAGACUGUGGAAAAGACUUCUAAAAAGCCUUCAACAACUACAACAGUUGCAGCAACUAAAACAACUUCAGCAACAAAAUUGGUCACUCAAGCUAUGGAGAAAAAGGAGAAGAUGCUGAAUUUCAGUCGAUCCCGAAAUCGACUGGCUACGGAUCCACCGUCGAUAUUUAGCAAUAUGAAGGAGAAGGUCGAGGAGAAUGUGCUGCAACUCUCGGAUCUUCAGUAUAUGGUUGCACCUCUUUUUAUGCCCGUCUACUCUAUAUUGGCUUUCAUUACGGUAGCAGCGUUCGUCGUGGGAUUCUGUGCUUGUUGUUUGCGGUUUCAGUGCAUCGCUGAUGUUAGAAUUGCACAGGUAAAUAGAGUUCAAGUAUGUAGCCAGGGGGGUGUGUGGGAAUGGAUUUUAAAUUUUUAUGCAAAUUUGUAUUAUUUUUUUUGGUAUGUAUAGAUGAAUAUGGCUAUAUAGUGUGUGGGAAUAAGAUCAAUAUGCAUACAUAGCAUAUGGGAAUAACAAUAUUAGGCAAUUAUUAUGUUUCUAUUGUGCAUUGAGGUUCGGAUAAUUUUUUUGCACGGUGCAGACCUUUUUAGUUGAUUGCACGAUGCAAGGCUUUUCUAGUAGAUUGCACUGUGCAAGAACUUUUUAGUGGACUGCACGGUGCAAAAGCUUUUUGACUGCACAGUGCAACAGCUCUUUGACUGCAUGGUGCAAAAUUUUUCUUGACUUCACAGUGCAGAUGCUUGGAACCUUAAAUUUAACCGCACCGUGCAAAUUUAAAGAAAUGAACAUAUUAGUAAUCCUAAUUGAAAUGUCGUCCAUUUCAGCUCGACCUAGAUGUAAAUUCAUACCCGGAAGAUACUUGGCUAGUAACAUUUUUAUCAGUUUGGUCAACCGGCUUCCAAGCGAUUCCAGAAUUCUUACUUAUCAACGGAUUACCGGCCCUUAUCCACAACUAUAUCAACGAUGUCACUGUGGAACAGGGAAUGCUGUUUUGCAGUUCGUUUUGGUUCGCCAGCUUUUUGGCUAGACUGUUCUUUGUUUGGAGGUGAGGAUUUAAGAUUUUUGGGUUUGAGUUUAUAAAAAAUGGCAUUUUAUGGUUGGAAAAUGGCGUUUUAUGGUUGAAAAAUGGGAAUUUAGGGUUGAACAUGUCUUGAAGAUGGGUUAACAUUGAAAUUUUAGAAUAAAAAUUUUGGUAUUUUGCUAUUUUUAUAAAAAUAUUCAUCUUACUAUGGAAAUAUGAUUUUAGGGACGAUUUGGCCAUUUCUGUCAAAACUUUAAAACUCUACUACCUGAUCGGAUUCCCAACCGUACUGUUAACCUUUCCAUUGUACACUCCAAGUGAGGCGACGGUGUUUGCUGGGCUUAUGGCUAUUGUAAGUUAUUAAGGCUAAAAGUUAUUUUUAAGGAUAAAUAUUGUUUUUUAAGCCUAAAGAUGGCUUUUAAGCUCAAAAAUGGUUUCUUAAGCCUAAAAAUUGUUUUUAAGCCGAAAAGUUAAUUUUGAUUGCUAAUAAAAAGAUUAUAAACCUAAAAGUCGGUUUUCUUCACCUACUUUGUUAAUAAUAUUAUUAUAGGCAAUCUUCGUUCUCCCCCUACCCCUAAUCACAAGUUUGUGGGCCCACACCAAGCUCAAGAACUCGCCUUCUAUUACCACACUUCGCUAUUUCCUAGCCAUGUCUUCCAUUAGACUGUCCGCACCAUCUUUGGCCAUAAGAGCAGAUUCAUUUGCUAUCGGGUCGACAAUCGCGUUGUCAAUGGUGCUAAGCGUACUGCUGAUUGUGUUCAUGGUGAAUAUCGUGGAAAGGAUUGGAAAAGAACGAAAAAUCGACCAGUUAACUGGAGAGUUGAAUGGUAAGAACUUUUUGAAGGGCCAAAACUUUGUUUAAAAGGCGAAAAAUAGCAAGAACUUUGUUUACAACAAAUAAAAUGGUUAAAACUUUCUUUACAUCUCAAAAAAUUGCAAGAAACUUCUUUACGAAGUAGGAAAUGACAAGAACUUUCCUUACAGCCAUAAAAUGGCACGUACUUUCUUUACAAAACAUCAAAUAGCAAGAACUUUUUUUACAAAACAAAAAAUGGCAAGAACUUUCUUUAUAAAUCAAAAAAUGACAUUUUGAAUAAACCUUCAAUUUCAGGUCAACCAAGAGUGUCAAUAGGAGCCCAUUACACGCCGAAAACCAAAAAGAAUGGCAAGUACGACAUGCUGAUGGCGGACGAAAGCGACGCCGACGUCGAAAUGGAUGUGGUGUUCCAGAACGAGAAUUCCGAAUCCUCGGAUUCAGACUAG